UUCAGGUUCUCCCUCUUCCACACCACAAAAAAUCCCCUGUGAAUGCUUUCCUUGCAGUGGUGACUCACAGAUCUACUUCUCCUUUGUGUCCUUCCUGACUGGUGGCUCCUACAUUGUGAUAUAUUGCAAUUUCUUACCUGAAGAAAUCAGUACCAAUUAGGAAAUGGCCAAAGUCGAAAGGUUUGCUUUUCAUGUUCCAAGUCUGGAGGAGCUUGCUGGGGUUUUGCAGAAAGGGCUUAAAGAAAACUUUGCUGAUGCUGAAGUCUCUGUUGUAGACUGUCCUGAUCUAACUCAGGAACCCUUCAAGUUUCCUGCUAAAGGAAUCUGCGGAAAGCCUAGAAUAGCGGAUGUGGGAGGUGUUCCUUACCUCAUACCUGUUGUACAGAAAGAAAAAGUUUAUGAUCUAAAUACAGUUGCAAAUGAGAUAGAGCUGCCUGGAGCUUUCAUUCUUGGAGCUGGAGCUGCUUCAUCUAAGAUUCUUGGAGUAAAUGCUGAGCUUAUCCCUGUUGUUCAAACUAAGAGUGAAAAAAAGCCUGCUGUAAAUGGGAGCUACAUUGCUCAGAUAAAUCCUGUAGAUAAAGGGUGCCUGCUUGAGAAGUACAGCAGUAAAUACACUGACUGUGAGUUUGGGCUGUUGGCCAACCUUUACGCCAGUGAGGGCCAACCUGGUAAGGUCAUUGAAGUGAAAGCCAAUGGAAGAACUGGGGAACUUAACUUUGUGUCUUGUCUGAGACAAAUUUUAGAGAAACACUAUGGAGAAAAGCCAGUUGGGAUGGGUGGUACAUUUAUCAUUCAGAAGGGGAAAGCAAAGAUUCACAUUAUGCCUCCAGAAUUUUCUGCCUGUCCUCUGAAUACGGAUGAGGAUGUGAAUAACUGGCUCAAAUUCUUUGAAAUGAAGGCUCCAUUGAUCUGUCAGCCAGUGAUAGUUUCCAGAGAUCCGGGCUUUGACCUGCGCCUGGAGCACACCCACUGCUUCAGCCACCAUGGGGAAGGAGGGCACUACCACCAGGAUACCAGCCCCGACAGCGUCCGCUACCUGGGCUACCUCCUGCCCGCCGAGCUGCUCUUCCGCAUCGACAGGCCGCCGGAGACGCACCUCGUGGGGAGGGACUGAGGCGGGCGGCUCCGG